AUGACAAUCAAGGCGCAGACAUUGGCAGACUUCAUCACCGAGGUACAAAAUCCGGAGCCCGAAGUUACCUGGAAGGUGUAUGUAGAUGGAUCGCCCACUCGGCAAGGAAGUGGAGUAGGCGUGUUGUUGGUCUCCCCCCACGGAGAAUGGAUGCACCUAUCCGUACGGCUAGACUACAGAGCAACCAACAAUGAAGUUGAGUAUGAGGCGCUUAUAGCAGGUCUGCAGGCUGCUCGGCAUGUGAGAGCUAGCAAUGUGUUAAUUCAUUCAGACUCACAGUUGGCCGCUCAGAAACUUGCGGGGGCAUUUGAGAUAAGAAGCGUUAGGCUAAAGCUUUAUGCGGAAGCCUUCGCCAAACUAAGGGUCAGUUUUCGAGAGGUGGUGGUACAGAAGAUCCCCCGCUCGGCCAAUCAAGCUGCAGAUGAACUGGCCAAGCUGGCCAGUUCGAUAACACCUAUCGUCAUUGAGCAGCCAGUCGAGCAAGUGUCCCUGGUCGCCCACAUUGACCGAAUGGAGGGACUCACAUUCCCAAGUGACUGGCAAACGGCUGUAACAGAGUUUCUGAAGUCCGGAAUAACGCCGUCCGAUUGGUCGAAGGCACACCUGCUCAGAAGAAGAGCUGGUCUAUUCGCCCUCAUUGGCGACCAGCUCUACAAAAGGGCGUUCUCCAAGCCUCUGCUUAAAUGUGUCGGCCUGGAGGAUAUGGACUACAUUUUGAAAGAAGUCAGCGAUCUCGUCUGGAAAAAAGUCAUGCCGGUCGGUGACGUGACCAAGUUGGGAGCUCCGUGGGCCGGGUCGUUCAAGAUUGUAGAAAAGCUCCAUUCGGGCACCUAUUACCUCGAGGAUGAAGGUGGACGGAAGCUAGAGCGACCGUGGAGCACAAACCACCUCCAGCCGUACCGAGCUGGGUGA